ACAGAUGCAAACAACGGGUUAAAAAGCCUAAAUAAAACAAUUGUCAAUUGUUAGGCCUACAGCACAUCGUAAACACAAUAGGAACUUUAAAUAUUACGAUUCAGAAUAUAGUGUGCGUAGUGAAGAUUGGUGAGCAUUAACUGGCACACAAAUCUGAGCCUGAAUAGCGCCAAGAAACCAUACACGUUUUAGCGUUCAACGGAAGCUGUAGUUAUGAAGGACAGAUCCCGGCUGAAGUUCAGAAGUAAACGUGCUUGUUUAAAUACAGCGAUUCAAAUAAUCAAGGUUUUGAUAAUAUAACUUAUAGAAUUUUAUAAUGUCUAUGAAAUUGGAUGAUCCGACAACACACGGUUGGUCUAUAUACGAUCAUAUCGAAGAGUAUAAAGGAAAACUUGGUCUGAAAGAAAGGGAUCACCGAGCAUACUAUGAGAGUUCUCAAUUCAACAAGAAAAUGAAUGAGGAGGAGAUUUCGAUUCUUCGUCGCAAUCUUAAAAUGAAAAGGGUUGAUCUCUCUGAACACACUCUCAAUGGAGAUAAACGAGUUAUUGUUAAUGCUUUCACGGGUCGGAAAAAGGAUCAACUCGCCUUCCGAAGAAAAACAGCCGAGACUGCUGUAGCUGAGAUGGAUCAAAAAACAUGCGAGAAAGUGAAGUUGUUAAACGCGUUAACUUACGAACGUUGUCAGAAAGAGAAACGCGUUCAGGAGUUACAAGCUGUACUUGAAAGAUCCCAGACGCAGGCUGACAACGAGGAGGAUAUGUUCGAGAAAAAUGAAUUAAAGUCUAUCCGCAUCAUCGAAAACAACUUGGAAAAGGCUGACAUGAAGUAUCGAACAGCAAAAAAAAUCCAAGUGAACUACAAAGAGAUUGUCAAGUGUCUAGAAGAGGAAAGUUUGACGUUUCCAAGGAAACUAAGGGCGCUGGAGAAAGCGUUGCAACAUCAAAUCAAGGAACUGGAAGAACUUAAAAAUAUCAACAAAGAUGCUCACCUAAAAAAGGAUGUUGCUAGGGCUGAGCUUAGUGAAAUCGAACAACAAAUUAUGGAGGCCAGACGAUCACGCGAGAAGAAACUUUCUCAGACGAAGAAGAAGGCAGAAAAACAAAAAGAAAUUGCCGACAAAGUUGAUCGACGUGCCAGAGCUUUUCUGCAGACGGAUGAGGCAAUCAUCGAUCCACAGCAGAAAGCGAAACAAGACGAAAGUAGCUGGGUCAGAAUCACCAGCUACGACGAUGCUUUCCAGCGAAUCAAGGACGCCACUGGUGUGUCGGACACCAAUGAGAUACUGCAGAGGUUCCAGGGACAAAACCAUACCAUGGACCAUCUGGAGAAGCAGAAGGUAUCAGUCGAAAAACAGAAGAACUGGCUGCAAGAGCAGAAGAGUCAGCAGCAGAAGCAGUAUGAAGCUAUGAAAUACAGUGGAGAAAGCAAUAUGUCCCAGGGUGAACAGAUGCUGGAGAAGAUGCAUGACCACCUGAAACAUCAGACGGAGAGGGCGGCUUCCCUCAAAACGCAAGUCGAUAACGCUACGCGUACCACAGUAGACGUAACGAGUGGCAUCGAGCAUCUCUAUGAAACGCUGAAAGACGUCAAACUAAAACCACCGAUGCGAAACAACGCCUUCAGCGGUGACUCAAUCGAUCAGCUAAGUGUUUCAACGAAAAAGCUCAUCAAUCUCAUGUCGAUGAUUACGAAACCAAAAGAUAUCAAAAUUCGACAGACUACUGAAUUUAGCGAAUUCAUGGAGAAUCGUCUGCCAAAUGAAAAUCUACGCAUUCGUCUACAGGAUACAGUAUCUUACCCUGAUGAUGAAUUCGGUUACGACAGUCAGGAUAAUGAAGAUAUGCUGACAAACAACGACAUUAAAUUACAAGCACAGUUAUUGAUGGACCAGAAAAAGUUCAAGAAACGCACAAGACGAGGAAAAAGACGCUAAAAUAACAACACUAUCUUCCUUUAUAAUA